GUGGUGGGGAUCUGGCGUGUGAGGAGGUGGCGGCGUGGCGGCGCACCCGGCCGCUGGGGCGCUGGCUGCGGCGGCUGUGGGAGCUGGAGCCGGGCACCCGGCCCGGGGUGGAGGAGUGCCUGUCCAAGUACCUGCAUGCGGACACCUGGGGAGCCAUCCUCCGCACCAUCGCCCAGCAACUCCGCGAGCUUGAACAGGACAGCAGCAGCUGCGGCGGUACUAACGGCGGCAGUGACAGCAACGGCAGCAGCGGGAGCAACGGCAGCAGUGUCAACAACAGCCUGCUACCGCCGGAGCCCGGCAGCAGCCUGGAGCUGAUUCCGAUGGUGGGGGCGGACGCACUGGUGUUCCUGUACGGCAGCUUGGCGGUUAAGAUUUUCUUACAUGAGGAGCCCGCUCUCCGGUCGCUGAUGUGCGCCCUGGAGGCCUCCGCACCGCGUCUGCUGCUGAGCCAUGUCCACCCGAGCUGCGGUGCACCCGCGCUGGCUGCUCAGCUGCCGCGGGCCCAUGCCUGUGGGGUCGUGUCGGUGCGCUUUCGGGAGUACCAGGAGCCGCAGGAGGAGGCGGAAAAGAAGAAGAAGGCAACCCAGCUGGUGUAUGUGGUGGAGGAUCAGAUGCAGGGCACCCACAUGCUGUAUGAGCUUCUAGAGGCGCAGCCGGGCUCUCAGCAACAGCAGCGGCAACAGCAGCAGCAACAGUGCCAGCUAGCAGCGGUUGCAGAGGCGCUCGGGGAUCUGGUGGGCCGCAUGCAUGCAGCGGCGUCCGCGGCAACAUCAGUCGGCCCCAAGGAGGACGAGGAGGAAAGGGUGGGUACGGCCACGCUGGCACGUGGAUUUAGCAUUGAAGCGUGGGGGCAGCUACUGCAGACCCGAGGCGUGUGGCACGACCGCGAAGGACGCAUCUGGGUAUCGGGUCUGGGCUGCGUGAGCGACCCGGGGGGCGAGUGGCGGCAGCUGAAGGAGGAGCAACAGGAGACGGCUCCAGGGAGGGCUACUCCUGCGGCCGCCGCUGCAGCCACCACCACCCCGACCGCUGUGCCCAGCUGCAACGGCAGCAGCAGCCUCAGCGCUGCUGCAGAUGCCGUCGAGGACCCUCAGCACGCACCGCACGGCCGUCACACAUGGCUGUGCGAGGUGCCGCGCAGCAGCCGCUGGUGGCCCUUCG